CAGACAACAAGGGAAGUGUCCAAGGGCGGGGGUGUGUUGAGGAGACUAUAGUGUAGGAGAAUAAAAAACUAAAAGCUCCCCAAAGACUUCAGAGACAGCAGACCUUCGUUCAGGUAUGCAUCUGGCAGUACUUCCUCUGAGUGUGGCCUGUCUGGUCCUCUUUUUGUCUUCUGUUGCUCCCCAUGCUUCAUUGAAGGUUUUGUCUGCUCCUAACGUGUUACGUAUUGGAGCAACAGAGAACAUCUUUGUGGAGUGUCAAGAAUGCUCAGAGCCAGAAGAUGUUACAAUAAUUGUUUCGAACUUCCCAAGCGAAAAAUAUCUGGGCCGCAAAACUGUGACCCUCACCGAAACUAAUCAAUUCCAGGCUUUUGUUGAAAUUAAGAUCCCGGCAGAUGAAUUUAAAGCAGACCCUGACCUGAAGCAGCAUGUGUCCCUGGAGGCAAGGUUUUCUGAUUCAACCACUCUGAAGAAAGUGGUCUUGCUCUCCUUACAGUCAGGCCACAUCUUCAUUCAGACCGACAAACCUCUUUACACCCCAAACUCGAUAGUUAACUAUCGGGUGUUUGCUGUAACACAUGGCAUGGAACCUGUUGAUGAAAAAGAUCUUGAUGCAGCUACCAUCACCGUUUAUAUUGUGACUCCUCAUAAUGUUUUUGGAUCAGACCCUGUCGCUGUGAGGUCAGGGAUUUACUCUGGAUCUUACGUUCUCCCCGACAUAGUGAGUACUGGGGUUUGGAAAGUGGUAGCCGUGUUCGAGAACAGCAAAGGGCACAACUUCUCAUCUGAGUUUGAGGUGAAAGAAUAUGUGUUGCCUAGCAUUGAGGUUAAACUGACAACAGAUAAAGAAUUCUUCCAUGUUGAUGAUGAACAGUUGACCGUAAACAUCGAAGCAGAGUAUCUUUUUGGGAGAGAAGUAGAGGGGACCGCGUUUGUGGUCUUCGGUAUCCUUAAUGAAGCUAAGGAAAAAAAGAGUUUCCCAAAUUCCUUUCAACGAGUGAUGAUUUCAAAGGGUAAAGGAACUGCCAUGCUAAAGAGGGAACAUAUCCUGCAAACCUAUGACAAAAUAGAGGAACUGGUGAAGAGUUCCAUAUAUAUUGCUGUCACUGUGUUGACAGAUUCUGGUAGUGAAAUGGUUGAAGCAGAGAAACAAGGCAUCCAGAUUGUCAAAUCACCUUACACCAUCCAUUUCAAAUAUACAUCAAAGUAUUUCAAACCAUUCCUGCCCUUUUACGUUGUGGUUAAUGUUGAAAACCCUGACGGUUCUCCAGCCCCUGACGUACAACUCGUGGUGGAGCCGGGUACCAUUCCGGCUGUAACUGGCAGUAAUGGGAUUGCAUGGAUCAUUGUCAACAACGCCACUACGGACUCUAGGUCCAUAACUGUAACGACCAAUGAGGAAAAUCUCCAAGGCGGACAGACAUCCGAAACGAUGGUAGCCUAUGCGUAUAGCAGCAGUACCAAGAAUUAUCUACACAUAGGUGUGGGCUCGAUUCUAGGUAAAUUAGGAGACAGCGUGACUCUCACCUUUAGCCUCCAAAGGCCGCAAACUUCAAAUGUUGUUCUCACUUAUCUGAUCCAGAGCAGGGGCCAACUGGUAGAAUAUGGCCGUUACAGAGUUGAAGGAAAGUCAAUAGGCCAUAUUUUACAAGUCACCAAAGAGAUGCUGCCAUCAUUCCGCAUUAUUGCCUACUAUCAAAGUGGAGAGGAAGUGGUCUCAGACUCGGUCUGGGUGGAUGUCGAGGACACCUGUAUUGGCUCGUUGAAGUUGGAAGAAACCAGAAACGCUGCGUCCUUCACGCCUCAACAAAAGUUUGAGUUAAAGAUCACAGGCAACCCAGGAGCCACAGUCGGCCUGGUAGCAGUUGACAAAAGAAUCUAUGUCCUUAACAACAAACACCGCCUCACUCAGAAAAAGGUGUGGGAUGUAGUGGAGAAGGCUGAUACAGGUUGCACACCUGGUGGAGGGAUGGACAAUAUGAGAGUGUUCCACGAUGCAGGACUGUUGUUUCAGAGCAACUUUAUCGGGACUGCAGACAGACAAGGAUUAAAAUGUCCAUCUUCAAUAAGGAAGAAGCGGGCAUCUGCUAUACCCGAUGUUAGAACUACACUCUUGAGUGAUUACAAAGACAGCUUGCUGCGCCAGUGUUGUUUGGAUGGGAUGGCGGAAACGCCGCUUUCGUACAGCUGUGAGCGGCGCAUGGAGUACAUCUCAGAUGGGAAAGCCUGUGCUGAUGCCUUCCUCAAGUGUUGCCAAGAGCUAACCAAACUACGAACUGAAAGUAGAACUGAAGCCCUCUCCCUGGCUCGCAGUGAGGAAAAAAAACAUGAAUUCAUUGACUCUGACGACAUAUCUUCUCGUACCGUAUUCCCCGAGAGCUGGCUAUGGACUGAUCACAAACUCCCUCUUUGCCCUGAACACAAACCUAACUGUAGAACAACCUCUUUGGUGAAACGUCUUGCGCUCCCAGACACAAUCACCACCUGGCAUCUCACUGGAAUCAGUCUCUCCCCGACAAAGGGUAUCUGUAUAGAUGACACAUUAAAGAUCGGACCGAUUGUCCGGAAGGAUUUCUUCAUAGAUCUUAGACUACCCUAUUCAGCUGUCCGUGGAGAACAAAUCGAAAUAAAGGCAAUCCUUCAUAACUAUCUACAUGAGGAGAUCACAGUCCAGAUACAUCUUAUAGAGACUGAGAAUGUGUGCAGUUCAGCCUCAAAUAAAGGAAAGUACACCCAGACAGUCAAGGUUGCUUCUGAGAGCACACGCUCUGUGCCAUUUGUCAUAAUCCCGAUGCAGCAUGGGACAAUACCCAUUGAGAUCAAGGCUUCCACAAUGGAUAGAAAUUACGGCAUACGGAAGGUUUUCAAAGUUGUGCCUCAGGGAACACUGGUCAUAAAAAUUGUGUCUAAAGACCUGAGUCCUGCAAAAUACAAUGGUGUACAGGUGGAGAAUAUUACAAUUCCAAUUGAUGUAAAAGAUAUUCUUCCAAAAACACCUUCAGACACACAGAUAUUCGUUACAGGCGGUGUGCAGAUGCUUGUCGAGAAGGUCCUCGAUGGAUCAUAUAUGAGCAGUCUAAUCAAACAGCCAUCUGGCUGCGGAGAGCAGAACGUGGCCAGAAUGUCUCUGCCGGUUAUUGCUACAACGUAUUUGGACAAAACAAAUCAGUGGGAUAGAGUGGGAACUUCAAAACGUGAUGUUGCCCUUGGAUAUAUCAGUUCAGGGUACCAGACUCAGCUUAAGUAUCGUAAGAGGGAUGGAUCUUAUACGAUUUUUCAAGGAGCUCCCAGCUCAUGGCUGACUGCUUAUGUUGCAAAGGUGUUUGCUAUUGCCUAUAAACUGUCUUCAAAAGUCGAAAAAUAUAUUCUUUGUGAUGCCAUCAAUUGGGUGAUUAUAAACUCACAGAAGAGUGAUGGGUCAUUCGGCGAGGUUGGAGUAGUAUCCGAUGGAAGGAUAAUGGUGGGUAUUCGUGGCUCGGACUCUGAUGCCUCUAUGACGGCUUUCUCGCUCAUUGCGAUUCAGGAAGCACGGCCCAUUUGUGAGGACGUUGUUAGUAGAUUGAGAGGAAGCGAAAUCGCAGCUGUGGGUUACCUGGAGAGGCACCUACCAUCCCUGACCAACCCAUAUGCCGUUGCAAUGGUAUCCUAUGCACUGGCCAACGAAAAUAAGUUAAACAAGGAGAUCCUCUACAGAUUUGCAUCCGAAGACUCUACCCACUGGCCAGUGGCCAAUCAUGAACUCUUUACACUGGAGGCAACAGCCUAUGCUCUUUUAGCUCUGGUCAAGGUCAAGGAUUUUGAGGAUGCUGCCAAAAUUGUCCAAUGGCUUAAUACUCAGACUAUGGUGGGCGGAGGCUAUGAAUCCACUCAGUCUACAACCAUUGUGUAUCAGGCACUUGCAGAGUAUUGGGUGAAUGCUGAGAAGAACGAUGAUGCCGAUGAUAUGGAUGUACAGAUUCAAGUAUCAACUAUUCUAGGCCGCUAUGAUCCAAAGACUUUCAAAGUCAAUAAGGAACAUGCCUUUCAGACUAGAACUACUAGGUUUGGGGGCAUUAACCAGGAAGUGCAAGUGACUGCCGAAGGGACAGGCAAAGCUACAGUAUCAGUAAUGUCAAUGUAUUAUGAACGGACUUCAUCCUACAAAACUUUGAACUGUGAGAGAUUUGACCUCAAUGUGGAGCUUAGAGAAGACCGAAUAGCUGAGUAUGGAGUUACAUACAAGCUUAUAAUAGAGAUCUUGUAUAAGGAUACGGAAGAAGAUGCAGACAUGACCAUCUUGGAUAUUGGUUUGCUUUCUGGUUACAUCCCUGAUCGAGAGGAUCUCAACAAAUUGCACAAAGCAAAGGACAGAACCAUUGCAAAGUAUGAAAUGAACAAAGUGCUGUCAGAAAGAGGCUCCCUAAUCAUUUACCUGGAAAAGGUGUCUCACACAAUGGCAGAUGAAGUGGCUUUCAAGAUCAUCCCGAUGUUCAAAGUUGGUGUCUUACAACCAGCAACUGUAUCUAUCUAUGAGUACUAUAAUCCGAAACAAUGCAGGAGAUUUUACCACCCACAAAGAGAUCAAGGAAAAGUACUACAAAUCUGUCGAGAUAAUCAACCUGAAGUAUGCAAGUGUGCCGAAGAGGAAUGCAGCAUGCAAAAGAAGGAUAAAAUUGACAAUUUUGAACGACAUGAUAAGGCCUGUGAUGCUGAAGUGAAAAUAGAUUAUGUGUAUAAAGUUACGAUGGAAAGCUAUGUAGACCACAACUCCACUGAUGUUUAUAUGAUGAGGAUAAAUCAGGUGAUCAAGGAAGGAUCUGAUAAAGAGCCAAGUGGGAAACUACGCACCUUCAUUGGUUACUCCCACUGCCGAGAGACUUUGAAUCUGAAAACAAAUGCGAGCUAUCUCAUCAUGGGCACAGUAAAAAAUGCACAGAAAGUUGGUCGAAAUCAGUAUGAGUAUUUGCUAGGGGAGCAGUCAUGGAUAGAGUACUGGCCAACACCAUUAGAAUGUCAGAAUCCAAAGUAUGGAUCUACCUGUGACGGCAUGGAGGAACUCGUUUUUACAUUCUCAUUCAUCGGCUGUUCUAUGUAAAAAAAAAUACCAAAGCCACCGAAUUUGUGAUUUGCUUCUAAUAAAGUAAAUUAGCGACUU